AUGGAGGAAUUUUCGCAACUUUUGGAUGAGCUCCUUCAUCAAAGGGCGCCGGGCGUCUCCGGGUCUCGUAUAAAGAGACUCGCAGCCAUAGCCUACGAACAUCCAGAACUCGAAUCAGCGGUAGUACAGAAAUUAUAUUCCCACAUUAAAAAAACACCUACUUCUCAUAAACUAGGCGCUCUAUAUGCAGUUGAGGCGGUGGCAAGAGCCUAUAAAGACAACAGUAAAGACCCUAAUAAAGGCAUACAGUUCACUGAUGGCCUGAAAAACCUUUCAGACGUUCUGCAGCCGAUCUUCGACUCUCUGGCUGUCCGCCAGCAGUCUUCCGACGCGUCAGAGAAAAUGCGCAAGGUCCUGGACUUGUGGACUCGUGCAGAGACGUUCGACGUUGGUAUGAUUGACGCAAUCAGAGACAAGCACUUCACCUCCACUACGCCCCCUGGCUCGCCGCCGGCCACCUGGGCAGGUCUCCCCGCAGAGAUCCUUCAUGGUCCCGAGCUUAAGCUUCCCAAGGCUGAGCCCAAGGCUGAUGCCGCCUCCAUUUUGGAGACGUUGGCCAAUUUAGCAAAAACAAAAGAGUCGGUAGCUUCUCCAGUCCCUCAGCAGGCUGCGCUGGCCCAGAGCGCUUCUGCUACAACGUCUGGUGAGCCCUCGCUUUUAGCAACUUUGUUAGCUCAAACCUCCAAAUCUACUCCUGCGCCACAGCCCAAAUCUUCGUCUCGCGGUCGCGGAUCGUCCCGAGACCCCAGAUUAGCCAUGAACCGCGAUAGAUCUCGCAGUCCAGGGCUACCUUCCCGUACCGAAAAGAGGGACAGGGAUUCCGACUCUGACCGGGACGACUCUCCUCGGCCGCCAAAGAACGUCAGCUUCGAUCCUACUCUUGUGCCGAUGGAUGCUAUUUGUGUUCUCUCGCGCACGCUUUUUGUGGGGGGCAUCCCCCCGGGCUAUGACGAGGCCGCUGCCAAAGGCAUCAUUGAAGAGUUUGUUCCUGUGCAAAGCGUUAUUUAUCACCCGCAGAAGCAUCAUGCGUUCAUCAAAGUUUAUACCCGCGCGGACGCUGAAAACGUCAAGAGCAAACUCGACGAGCGGGCUCGCCAAACUAGUACGAUGGUUAGAGCAAAGUGGGGUGUGGGCUACGGCCCUCGUGAUUGCUUCGACUACAGCAAGGGGCUGUCAAUAAUUCCACUUUCUCGUCUCACGGAGGCGGGAAGAAGGUGGGCAAAGACAGCUCGCCAUGGCGGCACAGACGGAACUCUGGAAGCUGGCCAAGUAAUGGAGGAGCCUGAUAUCAUUAUCGGCACCGGAGCGGCCUCUUCAUCCUCGCAUACCCAAGCCCCGCAAGCUCGUCGCCCUGUCCAGCAAGUCAGCCACCCCAGUGCUGGCUACGUACCUCCUGCUGGUGCCCAAUCCACUCCACAAAUGCCCGGGAUGCCAGGAAUGCCUAUGCCCGGAAUGCCCAUGCCAGGAAUGCCAGGAAUGCCCAUGCCAGGCAUGCCCGGUAUGCCUAUCCCAGGAAUGCCCGGGAUGCCGUUCCCUAUGAUGCCUAUGAUGCCCCCUGGAGGCGACAUGCAGGCGUUUUUCGCCCAAAUGCAACAGCCUAAAAAAGAGUAG